GGCCUCGCCAUGCGGCCCCCCGAGCGCGGCCGGCCUCGAGCAGGGCCCCGCCGACGGCCACCGCGUCCCCGGCGUGCCGGCGGGGCGCCCACGCAAUCGUCGGGGGUCAAGUAGACCAUGGACGUCAUGGCCGUGCUGGAGCUGGAGUCGGACCCCUCGCCGGCGCUCCCGACCGUGUCGUCGACCGAGGCCGACGCGGUAGACGUCUACGGCGACGCCUUCCUGACGGGGCCGACGCUGCUGUGGCCCGACCUCAACUUCACGCCCCCGAGCAUGUUCACGACGGCGUCGCCGGUCGCCUCGCUGCUCGAGAACGCCAGCGUCGUCCUGGUAUCGUCAGCGUCCUCGUCCGCCGUUACGCGCGAGGACGUAGCGGCGGCGGUGCAGCCGUGGCAAGCGCUGCUGCUGCUCUCCGUCAAGGGCGCCAUCAUGGGCAUCAUCAUCUUCGCCGCGCUCUUCGGCAACCUCCUCGUCAUCGUGUCCGUGAUGCGGCACCGCAAACUCCGCGUCAUCACGAACUACUUCGUCGUGUCGCUCGCGCUCGCCGACAUGCUGGUCGCCAUCAUGGCCAUGUGCUUCAACGCGAGCGUCGAGCUGACGGGCGGCCUCUGGCUGUUCGGCUACUUCAUGUGCGACGUGUGGAACUCUAUGGACGUGUACUUUUCGUCCGCGUCCAUCCUGCACCUGUGCUGCAUCUCGGUGGACCGGUACUACGCCAUCGUGCAGCCGCUCGACUACCCGCUCAUCAUGACGCAGGCCCGGCUCGGCGUCAUGCUGGCCGUGGUCUGGUGCGCGCCCGCCCUCGUCUCCUUCCUGCCCAUCUUCCUCGGCUGGUACACCACCUCGGAGCACCUCGAGUUCCGGCGCCUGCACCCGGACACGUGCGGCUUCACCGUCAACAAGCCGUACGCCGUCGUGUCGUCGUCCGUGUCCUUCUGGGUGCCCGGCGUCAUCAUGAUCUGCAUGUACUACCGCAUCUACAUGGAGGCGGACCGCCAGGAACGCAUGCUGUACAGGUGA